AUGGCGUCGGGGUUGGAGUCCGUUGGGCCUGAGAACUCAGUCCUAACCAUGAGCCCUGGGGAGGGCAGCGACCAAGUGGUGACCAUACCACCUGGCGACAUGCCGGCGACAGCGACCCUGAAGAGCGCGGCUUCCCCGGUGCGGUCGGUGGUGGCCUCGCCUCGCCCUGUGAAGGGAAAGGCCGGCCGAGAGGCAGCCCGCUGGAGGCUGCAGCUCAUUUCCGGUUCUCAGGUGGCGCGUAAGACAGCGGCGGCCCAGGAGGAGGACAGGGAGCCUCUUCCCUUGGUGCCUGAGGAGGAUGAGGAGGAGGCGCAGCCGUUGCCCCCAGUCUGCUUGUACCCCAUGAGGGGGAUGUGGCGGGACGAGAAGGUGGCCCUUUACUGCGAUGAGGUGCUGCAGGGCUGUAAGGCAGAAGAUGCCGAUGAAGCUAUGAGCAAAUACCUAUUAGAAAAAUUAAAAUUGAAAGAUAAAUGGCUUGGAGUCUGGAAGACUAAUCCUGAAUUAUUCUUUGUGAAAUAUGAAGAAACAUCUAUCCCUUUUGUUGGUAUACUGGUUGAGGUAACUUGUAUACCACGCCAGAGUUCAUCAUCUUGGUUCAAAGUUACUGUUUCUCUUGCUGAGCCUUUUUCUUCUAACAUUGCAAAUAUUCCAAGGGAUUUGGUUAAUGAGAUUUUGGAAGAAAUGGAGCAUAGUGUACCUCUCUUGGAAGUGGAUCCUGUUGAAGGACAAGAUUCUGAAAUACAUGAGAUUGCUCUAGCCCUGGAAGUUGUAAGGUUUUUUUAUGACUUUCUUUGGAGAGACUGGGAUGAUGAAGAAAGUUGUGAAAAUUAUACUGCUCUUAUUGAAGAAAGAAUUAGUUUGUGGUGUGAUAUACAGGAUGGAACAAUACCUGGUCCUAUUGCACAUCGCUUUAAAAAAACUUUGGAGAAAUAUAAAAAUAAGCGUGUAGAACUCAUCGAGUACCAGAGCAACAUUAAAGAAGAUCCAUCUGCAGCAGAAGCUGUUGAAUGUUGGAAAAAGUACUAUGAGAUAGUAAUGCUUCGUGGAUUAUUGAAAAUGUGGGAAGAUUUACGCCUUCGAGUUCAUGGACCUUUCUUUCCAAGAAUUUUGAGGCGUAGAAAAGGAAAAAGAGAUUUUGGAAAAACUAUAACACACAUUGUAACAAAAGUGAUGACUACUGAAAUGGUAAAGAACUUAUCUUCAGACACACUUAUCCAACAGCAUAAUGAUUUGGAUUUGGCUUUGGACAGCUGUUAUAGUGGUGAUACAAUAAUUAUUUUUCCAGGAGAAUAUCAAGCUGCAAAUCUUGCUUCAUUGACUGAUGACAUCAUUAUAAAGGGAGUUGGAAAUAGAGAAGAAAUUAUUAUUACUUCCAAACCUUCCCAUGACAGUUUUAUCGUGUCUAAAGCUGACAAUGUGAAACUAAUGCAUCUAUCUUUGAUACAACAAGGAACAGUCGAUGGUAUUGUGGUUGUAGAGUCUGGUCACAUGACUCUAGAAAACUGUAUAUUAAAAUGUGAAGGAACAGGAGUAUGUGUUCUUACAGGGGCUGCUUUGACAGUUACAGACAGUGAAAUUACUGGUGCCCAGGGUGCUGGUGUUGAGCUUUAUCCUGGGAGCAUGGCCGUUUUGGAAAGAAAUGAAAUUCAUCACUGUAAUAACCUCAGAAUCAGUGACAAUUCGAAAACUACCUUAGGUGGAGUUAAUAUGAAGGUUCUUCCAGCACCCAAGUUGAAGAUGACUAACAAUCAUAUAUAUAACAACAAUGGCUAUGGAAUAAGCAUUCUUCAACCAACUGAACAGGUUUUUAUUGUAACAGAAGAAGCCCUUAGAAAAGGGGCUGCCUCUGGAGACAAAAAAGAUGAUAAUAUGCUCUCCAAAGUAAUGCAAAACCUAAAUUUGGAAAUUAAUAAUAAUAAAAUAGAAGCAAAUGUAAAGGGGGAUAUCAGAAUAGUCACAAGUUAAAGCAUCUGUUUUAAUAUUGUUUUAUAUUUCUGAUAUUUAUUUACCAAAUAAUUCUCAUAUGCCAUAUAAAUUGUAGUUUAAAUAAAUUCAAAGCUUAUUUCAUUUUAAAAUAUUUCAACAU